AGUCAGUUGGAGGUUCCAGGCAUCAGAGUUCCAGACACCAGGAUCUACAGUGAAGACCAGACACUCCCAACAGCAGGAAUGUGUUCCCUUCCCAUGGCAAGAUACUACAUAAUCAAAGACGCGCAUCAAAAGGUUUUGUACACACGGAAUGGCCAGCUCCUGGUGGGAGACCCUGAUUCAGAGAACUGCAGUGCAGAGAAGAUCUGUAUCCUUCCUAACCGAGGCCUGGACCGCUCCAAGGUGCCCAUCUUCCUGGGGAUCCAGGGAGGAAGUUGCUGCCUGGCAUGUGUUGAGACAAGAGAGGGGCCUUCCCUGAAGCUGGAGGAUGUGAGCAUCGAGGACCUAUACAAAGGUGGCGAACAAACCACCCGCUUCACCUUCUUCCAGAGAAGCUUGGGCUCUGCGUUCAGGCUCGAGGCUGCUGCUUUCCCUGGCUGGUUCCUCUGUGGCCCCGCUGAGCCCCAGCAGCCAGUGCAGCUUACCAAAGAGACUGACCCCUCUACCCGUACUGAGUUCUACUUUGAACAGAGUCGGUAAGGAGGCGCCGGACUGCGGUCCAACCCAGCGCCCACAAACGGAGCCCUUUCUUCAGAGUCUGUGGAAGGCAGAACGAUCGUCUACAAAGACGUCUACGUCUUAAUCCCCAGAAUCUGUAAGGGAUGUUACAUUAAAAAGCAAAAAGGGGC